AUUAGAGUCACGUCUCUGACCAAAUUAAGCAAAGACAAAACUCGAGUCAAUUAAACCCAAGUCAGUUCUUUGAAUCAAUCAGGUCGAAUUUUUUUCAUAGCCUAUCAAUCCAAUCGAGCUCGGCUCUUUCCGUAAUAGAGAAUCAUUAUCUUCGAUCUAUUCAGACCAUUCCAUAAGUUCCCAAUUUGGAUUAAAAUCCGUUGUGACUACUGGAGUCAAUAAAAGCGUAUGAUGAUCGAUGGCGGAUAUAGGAGUGGAGUUCCUGGUUAAAAGCCUCAAGGUUUUUCUGGGCCACUCUCAUCUAUUCACCGACACCAGUAAUCAGAUCGAGUGUCUGCAGAAGGAUCUCCGCCUCCUCAACGACUCGGUCAAGAGGCGGACAAGAGAUCAGAACAUUCGCGAUGCCGUUAAUGAGGUGGAAGAUGAAGUCGACCUCUUUCUCAUCAUCAAGGCUAUGGAGAAAAAGACAGUUGGUGAGUGUCGGCGGUGGCGAUGCAGGCGGCGACGGCUGAUGAAGGCAGCGCAAGGUUUGGAUAGUAGAAGGUGGUGGGGGACUGGAUGGGAGAGGCGACAGGCUAAUUGGCUUCGAUGAAAGGAAUACAAGCAGGGAGAGAUGUACAGAGCAAGAUCUCCGGGGAGGACGAAAUUCACAAAUGCUUAAGGAAUAAAAGGUAUCUUAUUGUAGUGGACGACGUGUGGAGUAAGAAAGCUUGGGAUGAUAUGAAAAACCUAUUUCCUGAUGACUACUAUAACGGAAGUAGGAUUAUUCUAACCACAAGCCUACAAGAUGUGGCUGCAUAUGCUGAUCCUUCUAAUUCCUUUCAUAUGAUGCGUCCCUUGAGUCAAGAAGCUAGUUGGGAAUUGCUUCAAAAAAGGUUGUUUGGUUAUUAUGGAUGGUGCAAAUUGGAAAGUGUUGGAAGAGAAAUUGCAGCACAAUGUAGAGGAUUGCCUUUUUACAUUGUAGUAGUGGCAGGACUUCUAUCCAAGAUUGACCAAACUGUUGAUGCUUGGAGGCAAAUAGCGGAGGAGAAUGAUGGGCAGCUUGAAAACAUAAUUUCCUUGAAUUACAUCCACUUGCCUCGUCAUCUAAAGUCGUGUUUCUUAUAUAUGGGAGGUUUCCCAGAAGAUCACCAGAUCCGUGUCUCAGAACUUAUCAAGCUUUGGGCAGCUGAAGGCUUUUUACAUCCAAACGGAUCUAAAAGCCUAGAAGAUGAGGCGGAAGAUUGUUUGGAGGAUCUAGUUGAUAGAGGUCUGGUUUUGGUCACUAGCAUGAUAGGAAUUUGGAAUAU